AUGCAGCUGCUGCAUGGGAGUCGACUUUUGCGCGGCGCGGCCUGCACGGCACGCCUUACCAAGCUCAAUAGUCCAGACCUUCGACUGCACGCGACCCAGAGACGCUGGCGCACAUCGCUCGAUUUCAACGCGCUCGACACGAAAUGGCGGCAGAAAUGGAAGACGGAGCUACAACCCCCCGCCUCCAAGACGAAACCCCAAUACGUGCUCCCCAUGUUCCCGUAUCCCUCGGGCACACUCCACCUCGGCCAUUUACGCGUCUACACAAUCGCCGACGUGGUGGCGCGGUACCGCAAGCUCAAGGGAGAUGAUGUGGUCCUGCCCAUGGGCUGGGACGCCUUUGGCCUACCGGCGGAGAACGCGGCCCUCGAGCGGGGGAUACCGCCGGGCGAGUGGACGACGAGCAACAUUGCCAGGAUGAAGGAGCAGCUGGAGGUCAUGAAUGGGAGCUGGGACUGGGACCGUGAGCUCACGACAUGCGAUCCCAACUUUUACAAGCACACGCAGAAACUGUUCCUCAUGCUGCACGAGCGCGGGCUGGCGUACCAGGCCGAGGCGGAGGUGAACUACGACCCGAUCGACAAGACGGUCCUCGCGAACGAGCAGGUGGAUGCGGAUGGGUGCUCGUGGCGCUCAGGCGCCAAGGUGGAGAAGAGGAAGCUGAGGCAGUGGUUCUUCAAGAUUUCCGAGUUCCAGGAGGCGUUGCUCAAUGGCCUGCAUGAGCUGGAGAAGGACGGCGCGUGGCCCAAGAUGGUCGUCUCGCAGCAGCGGAACUGGCUGGGCAAGUCGACCGGGGCCACGGUCAAAUUUCCGGUCAUGGCGCUUGGACACUCGGUCGGCACGGCCAUUGAGGUCUUCACGACGAGGCCGGAUACGUUGUUCGGGGUGCAGUACAUCGCCCUGGCCGCCACGCACCCUACGGUGAGACAGCUGGCCAAGGCGGAUCCGGAGUUGCAAGCGUUCCUGGACACGCUGCCCGGUCUCCCCGCGGAUUCCAAGGUCGGAUACCUGCUGCCCGGGCUGAGGGCUGUGAACCCCCUGGCGUAUCACGAAGAGACCCCGGAUGCGACUAAGGCAUCGCUGCCGGUGUACGUUGCGUCAUACGUCCUUGGCGACUAUGGGGAAGGGGCGGUCAUGGGCGUGCCGGGGCACGAUGUCCGUGAUCACGCGUUCUGGACCAAACAUCAUGCUGACGAGCCAGUGCGCAUGGUCCUGGCUGCUUCCGAGGACGAGUCAACGACAGUGAUGAAGAAUGAACCGUACAUCGGCGAGGGGACAUUGACGGAGCACAGUGGGCCUUAUGAGGGCAAGUCGUCGACGGUGGCAGCGGAGAUGAUAGUCAAGAUGCUGGAGCACGCAGGGCUGGCGACGUCCGUGGAGAAGUGGAGGCUGCGCGACUGGCUCAUCAGUCGGCAACGUUACUGGGGGGCGCCCAUCCCCAUUGUGCAUUGCGACUCCUGCGGCGCCGUACCGGUGCCUGAUGAGGACCUACCGGUGAAGCUGCCCGAGGUGGAAUGGGCCGGCGGCAAGACCGGGAAUGCGCUCGAGACGUCGUCCGAGUUUGUCGAGACGACAUGCCCCAAGUGCAAGGGCCCUGCAAAGCGAGACACUGACACCAUGGACACGUUUGUGGACUCGAGCUGGUACUACGCCCGGUUCGCGGAUCCGCAGAACGCAAAGGAGCUCCUCUCCGCCGAAGCAGCCCAGGCGCUGCCGGUGGACGUAUACCUGGGUGGCAUUGAGCAUGCGAUUCUGCAUCUGCUAUACGCGCGGUUCAUCUACAAGUUCCUCGCGUCGACCAAUGUCCUGCCGCAAUAUUCCGAAGACCAGGUGGCGGCGGCAGAGCCCUUCCAGCGACUCAUCACGCAGGGCAUGGUGCAGGGUAGGACGUACAGCGACCCGGACACGGGCAAGUUCCUCAAGCCUGACGAGGUUGACCUGUCCGAUCCCAGCAAACCUACGGUCGUGGCGACGGGCCGAGAGGCCAACAUGACGUUUGAGAAGAUGUCCAAGUCAAAGUACAAUGGAGUGGACCCAACAGAGUUCAUCGCCAAAUACGGGGCUGACCCAACAAGAGCGCACAUCAUUUUCCAAGCGCCCGUGGCCGACCUCUUGAACUGGGACGAGGAGAAGAUUUCCGGUGUUACGCGAUGGCUAAAGAGGCUACAUGACCAAGUCAGCGAGAUUGGCGAGGCAUCAACAGGCCCGUCCGUCAAGGACGUCUUGAGCGAGCGACACUCUCAUCUGGCAACGAUGGACAAGGAAGAGCUUGCGCAGUGGGAUGCCGACUCAACAGUGUGGCGUGAAGUGCAAAAGUCAAUCAAGUCUGUCACGGGGACGUACGAUGAAAUCUACUACAUCAACACGGUGGUGUCGGAUCUGAUGAGCCUGACCAACGUCAUGGCCGGCCAGAAGAAUGCUAGCCCGGUGGUUCGCCAACAAGCCGCUGUUGAGCUGACGCGGAUGCUCGCGCCCAUUGCCCCUGCUGUCGCGGAGGAGUGCUGGAGCAUCCUCUGCCCGGGCACCGGAUCCGUGUUCAGCUCAAAGUUCCCCGAGACGGACGGCAGCGAGGUGCUCGUGCAGCCGCGAGAGCAGACGUGGACGGUGCAGGUGAAUGGGAAGCAGAGGGGCGUGGUGGAGAUUGCACCACCCCCCGACGCCCUCAGCGACGAGGAACUAGGGCCCUGGAUGACCGAGGCCAUUUUGAAGACGGACCUUGGCAGGCGUCUCAGCGGCGAGGACAGCGCGCCCAACGCGGAGGGGGCCAAGAGAAAGGGCAACAACAACAAGUCACAGCCUGUUGAUCUCCGGGCCGCGAAGAGGGUGAUCCCGCUGCGCCAUGCGCGCCGGGUGGCCUACGUGGUGUGA